AUGAAGGGGGAAGUUGUUCCAAUGACGGGGGAAGUUGUUCCCAUGACGGGGGAUGUUGUUCCGACGAUGGGGGAAGUUGUUCCAAUGACGGGGGAUGUUGUUCCAAUGACGGGGAAUGUUGUUCCGAUGACGAGGCAUGUUGAUCCGUCAACGGGGGAUGUUGUUCCAAUGACGGGGAAUGUUGUUCCGAUGACGAGGCAUGUUGAUCCGUCAACGGGGGAUGUUGUUCCAAUGACGGGGAAUGUUGUUCCGAUGACGAGGCAUGUUGAUCCGUCAACGGGGGAUGUUGUUCCAAUGACGGGGAAUGUUGUUCCGAUGACGAGGCAUGUUGAUCCGUCAACGGGGGAAGUUGGUCCGUUAACGGGGGAAGUUGGUCCGUCAACGGGGGAUCAACAUCUCACUUCCCCCAUCACUGGAACAAACGUCCCCGUCAUUUGA